UCCUAGUGGAAAAGACAAGCGAGGCAUGGGUUGGCUCUGGAUUCAGAAAACAGCUGCUGAUUAGAUUCUCUGUCUGCAGGCUGAAUUUAUUCCGUGUUUUUCAGCAGCAGGAAUUCAAGAGGGAUGCUUCUGUUUGGGUUUCUGAUCGUGAUUUAUAUUUAUUCAGAGGAAUAACAGAGGGUGGAUCUGUUCCCGGCGCGAGCAUGCUCACAACCAGCCGACUCUCCCAUUAUCCAACUGCCUAGUUUGGUGUUUCCAUGUACAUGGCUAUUCCGUGUGCAUAUGUGUGUAUACAAACACGCAUGCAUGCCUGGAUGGACACACGUAUGCACAGGUUAUUUUGUAAGGACAAUUCUCUCAAUAAGGUCUUUACCCCUUACUUGAAACAGGUGUUCAUGAAAAAAACGCACAAAAUCCUGCCGGGCCGGAAUAAUUCAUGAAGAAGGGGCUGGAUCCGUGGGUCAGAGAACACAGGACCAGGUUGCCAUCCCAAGGCCGAAGGCCUCCUUCCAACAGUCCUCCAGGCUCUAGAAAUCUCCGACACAUCUCAACCAUGAGACCACGGCUGGCUUUUGGCAGGAUUCGAGGCACAAACCCAGCGGCCUCAACCUAGUUCAUGGAGGAGCCCCGGGAGGUCCUGGCCAGGCAAGCCCUCCCCUCCAGUGGGAAGAGCGGUGCCUAGGAGGAGGGCGGCUGCCGCAGGAGUGGACAUGAACGCUGGCUUUCAACGAGAACAGCGUUUCAGUUUUGGUCAUCGGAAGUGGUGCCUUCAGCACAGAAGAAGAGUGUGAGUUCUCCUCCGAAACCUUUGAUCUCCAAAACGGAACUAAAGGGGAGAAGAGGUUGGAGCUGCCCUCAGCAUCCAUCGUGGUAUCUCUUGUGCCGGGACCAGGGAUGCCUGGGCCAUGGGCACAGACAUCACCAAUCUUCAACCAUUCGCAUAGCACACUGGGGACUCGUGGGGGCCACCUGACACUGCCAACUGGAACCGUACAAUGGCAAUACUGACAUCCUUCAUGACGUUUUCCCAACAGACAUUCAGGCAGAAAGUGCCCGCGCGUUUUCUGUCUGCAAAGUAGAAGGCCAUGCCUCACCAAUAUGAAUAGCUAGGGCCCUGAUGACCUGCUCUGAGUCUACCUGCAGCCAGUGAAACUUGCAAAAAAAACUCCCAGAGCCAUCUUGGGUUUGGCUUCUGCAACUCUUGACCAAUGUGGCCAAAGCGGGACCCCUCUUUGGGACGCUUGGGUCAUCCGUGAAUGCAGCCUGUCCCGACUGUCCCUGAAUAGCAUCUGAAGUCUCUGUGAAGGUCAUGGAUCCUGAACAAAGUGUCAAGAGCACCAAGAAGGCUGAGGGAAGUCCCCGGAAGCGGCUGACCAAAGGAGAGGCCAUUCAGACCAGUGUUCCUUCCAACGUCCCAUAUCCCAGCAGCAGUGCAGCUGCCACCCAAGAGAGCCCCGCCCAAGAGCUCCUCGCCCCGCAGCCCUUCCCGGGCCCCUCAUCGGUUCUUAGGGAAGGCUCUCAGGAGAAAACGGGCCAGCAGCAGAAGCCCCCCAAGAGACCCUCCAUCGAAGCCUCCAUCCACAUCUCACAGCUUCCGCAGCACCCUCUUACACCAGCAUUCAUGUCGCCCGGCAAACCUGAGCAUCUCCUGGAGGGGUCCACGUGGCAGCUGGUCGACCCCAUGCGGCCUGGACCCUCAGGCUCCUUUGUGGCCCCUGGGCUCCAUCCUCAGAGCCAGCUCCUCCCUUCCCAUGCUUCCAUCAUUCCUCCUGAGGACCUACCUGGCAUCCCCAAGGUCUUCGUGCCUCGCCCCUCCCAGGUCUCCUUGAAACCCACAGAAGAGACACACAAGAAGGAGAGGAAGCCUCAGAAGCCAGGCAAGUACAUCUGCCAGUACUGCAGCCGGCCCUGCGCCAAGCCCAGCGUGCUCCAGAAGCAUAUCCGCUCACACACCGGCGAGAGGCCCUACCCCUGCGGCCCUUGCGGCUUCUCCUUCAAGACCAAGAGCAACCUCUACAAGCACAGGAAGUCCCAUGCCCACCGCAUCAAAGCAGGCCUGGCCUCGGGCAUGAGCGGUGAGAUAUACCCACCAGGGCUGGAGAUGGAGCGAAUCCCUGGGGACGAGUUUGAGGAGCCCACCGAGGGAGAAAGCACAGAUUCCGAAGAGGAGACGGGCACCACGCCUGCCCACCCCACAGAGCUCUCCCCCAGGCCCAAGCAGCCCCUCCUCUCCAGCGGGCUGUAUAGCUCUGGGAGCCACGGUUCCAGCCACGAACGCAGUUCCUUGUCGCAGUCUAGCACCACCCAGUCGCUCGAGGAGCCCCCUCCAUUUGUGGAACCCUCAUCUGAGCACCCCCUGAGCCAUAAACCCGAAGACACACACACAAUUAAGCAGAAGCUGGCCCUCCGCCUGAGUGAGAGGAAGAAGGUGGUUGACGAGCAGGCAUUCCUGAGCCCAGGCAGCAAAGGGAGUACUGAGUCUGGGUACUUCUCCCGCUCUGAGAGCGCCGAGCAGCAAGUCAGCCCCCCAAACACCAACGCCAAGUCCUACGCUGAGAUCAUCUUAGGCAAGUGUGGGCGGAUCGGGCAGCGGCCUGCCAUGCUGACAGCCCCCUCCACUCAGCCCCUCCUGCCCCUGUCCACCGAAGACAAGCCCAGCCUGGUGCCUUUGUCUGUGCCCCGGACACAGGUGAUCGAGCACAUCACGAAGCUCAUCACCAUCAACGAGGCCGUGGUGGACACUAGCGAGAUCGACAGUGUGAAGCCCAGGCGGAGCUCACUGUCGAGGCGCAGCAGCAUGGAGUCCCCCAAAUCCAGCCUCUACCGGGACCCCCUGUCGUCCCACAGUGAGAAAACCAAGCCCGAACAAUCACUGCUGAGCCUCCAGCACCCGCCCAGUACCGCGCCCCCUGUGCCUCUCCUGAGAAGCCACUCAAUGCCUUCUGCCGCCUGCACUAUCAGCACCCCCCAUCACCCCUUCCGUGGUAGCUACUCCUUCGACGACCAUAUCACCGAGUCCGAUGCCCUGAGCCGCAGCAGUCACGUGUUUACCUCCCACCCCCGGAUGCUGAAGCGCCAGCCGGCCAUCGAGUUACCCAUGGGAGGGGAGUACAGUUCCGAGGAGGCUGGACCGAGCAGCAAAGAGGCAGCCUCCAAGCCCCCAGAUGAACCGGAACCCAAGGAGAGUGAACUUACCAAAAAGACCAAGAAGGGUUUGAAAAUGAAAGGGGUGAUCUAUGAAUGUAACAUAUGUGGUGCUCGGUACAAGAAGAGGGAUAACUACGAGGCCCAUAAAAAGUACUACUGCUCAGAGCUUCAGAUCUCAAAGCCCAUCUCUGCAGGUGCUCAUGCAUCUCCAGAAGCCGAGAAGAGUCAGGCUGAGCAUGAGCCGUGGUCCCAGAUGAUGCAUUAUAAACUGGGGACCACCCUGGAGCUCACGCCUCUGAGGAAGCGGAGGAAAGAGAAGAGCCUUGGGGAUGAGGAGGAGCCGCCUGCUUUCGAGUCAACAAAAAGUCAGUUUGGCAGCCCCGGGCCAUCUGAUGCUGCCCAGAACCUUCCCCUGGAGUCCACCAAGUCACCAGCAGAACCAAGUAAAUCGGUGCCCUCCUUGGAGGGAUCCGCGGGCUUCCAGCCAAGGACUUCCAAGCCAGGGUCCAGUUCUGAAUCAGGGAAGGAGAGGAGAACAACGUCCAAAGAGAUUUCUGUCAUCCAGCACACCAGCUCCUUUGAGAAAUCUGACUCUCUCGAGCAGCCCAGUGGCUUGGAAGGGGAAGAUAAACCUCUGGCUCAGUUCCCAUCCCCGCCACCCGCCCCACAUGGACGCUCGGCCCACUCCCUGCAGCCUAAGUUGGUCCGCCAGCCCAAUAUUCAGGUUCCUGAAAUCCUGGUGACCGAAGAGCCCGACCGGCCAGACACAGAGCCGGAGCCGCCCCCUAAGGAGCCCGAGAAGGCCGAGGAGUUCCAGUGGCCCCAGCGCAGCCAGACGCUUGCCCAGCUGCCUGCUGAGAAGCUGCCUCCCAAGAAGAAGAGACUGCGCCUGGCAGAGAUGGCCCAAUCAUCAGGAGAAUCCAGCUUCGAGUCCUCUGCGCCUCUGUCCCGCAGCCCAAGCCAGGAAAGCAGUGUCUCUCUGAGCGGGUCCAGUCGCUCAGCCUCGUUUGAGAGGGACGACCAUGGGAAAGCCGAGGCCGUGGGGCUCUUGUCUGACCCGCGCUGCAGACCCUUGGGCACCCACAUGCUGACUGUCCCCAGCCACCACCCGCAUGCCCGAGAGAUGCGCCGGUCAGCCUCGGAGCAGAGCCCCAACGUCUCCCAUUCUGCCCACAUGGCCGAGACUCGCAGUAAAUCCUUCGACUACGGCAGCUUGUCCCUGACAGGCCCUUCUGCUCCAGGUCCAGUGGCCCUACCGGCACCUGUGGCCCCUCCGGAGAGAAGAAAAUGCUUUUUGGUGAGACAGGCCUCUCUGAGCAGACCCCCAGAAUCUGAGCUGGAGGCCACCCCUAAGGGAAGGCAGGAGAGUGAGGAACUGCCACCCUCAUCCAGUAAACCUUCCACCAAAAGCUCGUUGCCCCAGAUCUCCCCCACGGCCACCUCGCACAGUGGGCACCCAGGAGGCAAGAACCAGGCACAGGACAGGCCCCCACUAGGGCCCACUGUGCCCUAUACAGAAGCACUGCAGGUGUUCCCCCACCCCAUUGCCCAGCCCCCGCUGCAUGAGAAACCCUACCUGCCUCCACCUGUCUCUCUGUUCUCCUUCCAGCACCUCCUGGAGCACGAGCCAGCACCAUCUUCAGAAUUUUUCCCCACCCAGGCCAUGUCCAGCCUCCUCUCCUCCCCAUACUCCAUGCCCCCACUUCCGCCCUCCUUAUUUCAGACCCUACCACUUCCUCUCCAGCCUACUGUCCUGCACCCAGGCCAGCUCCAUCUCCCCCAGCUCAUGCCCCAUCCAGCUGACAUCCCCUUCCGGCAGCCCCCUUCCUUCCUCCCCAUGCCAUACCCUGCCUCCUCAGCACUCUCUCCUGGGUUUUUCCUGCCUCUGCAAUCUCAGUUUGAGCUUCAGCACCCUGGCAGUGUGGAAAGCCAUCUGCCCCCAGUCAAAACCAGCCUGACCCCACUGGCAACAGGAAGUACCGGCCUCUCCUCCAGCACAGAGUAUAGCAGCGACAUCCAGCUGCCCCCUGUGGUUCCCCCAGCCAGCUCCUCAGCACCCACAUCAGCACCUCCGCUGACCCUGCCUGCCUGUCCAGACACCAUGGUGUCCCUGGUUGUGCCUGUUCGUGUCCAGACCAACAUGCCGUCCUAUGGAAGUGCGAUGUACACCACCCUAUCCCAGAUCUUGGUCACGCAGUCCCAAGGCAGCUCACCAACUGUGGCUCUUCCCAAGUUUGAGGAGUCCCCAUCCAAAGGGAUGACUGUGUGUGGGGCAGAUGUGCAUGAGGCUGGGCCUGGACCAUCUGGAUUAAGUGAAGAGCAAAGCCGAGCUUUCCCAACUCCAUACCUGAGAGUGCCUGUGACACUACCUGAACGGAAGGGCACUUCCCUGUCAUCAGAGAGUGUUUUGAGCCUGGAGGGAAGUUCAUCAACAGCAGGGGGGAGCAAACGUGUCCUUUCACCAGCUGGCAGCCUUGAACUUACCAUGGAAACCCAGCAGCAAAAAAGGGUGAAGGAGGAGGAGGCUUCUAAGGCAGAUGAAAAACUUGAGCUGGUAAAACCGUGCAGUGUGGUGCUUACCAGCCCCGAGGAUGGGAAGAAGCCAGAGAAAUCCCACUUAGGCAGCCAGGACCAGGGUAGGAGGGAGCUAGAAAUGCUGUCCAGCCUGCCCUCAGAUCCAUCUGACCCCACGGAAAUUCCUCCCCUUCCUCAGCCCACAUUGCCCCAUGGGACAGCCCCAGGCUCAGAAGCUUUGAAGGAAUAUGCCCAGCCAUCUUGCAAGCCUCACCGAAGAGGGAUGCUCCCACUGAGUGUGAAGAAAGAAGACUCCAAGGAACAACCUGACCUCCCUCCCCUAGCACCUCCCAGCUCUCUGCCUCUGUCAGAAACGUCCUCCAGACCAGCCAAGUCACAAGAAGGUACGGACUCAAAGAAGGUACUGCAGUUCCCCAGCCUCCACACAACCACUAAUGUCAGUUGGUGCUAUUUAAACUACAUUAAGCCAAAUCACAUCCAGCAUGCAGAUAGGAGGUCCUCUGUUUACGCUGGUUGGUGCAUAAGUUUGUACAACCCCAACCUUCCGGGGGUCUCCACUAAAGCUGCUUUGUCCCUCCUGAGGUCUAAGCAGAAAGUGAGCAAAGAGACAUACACCAUGGCCACAGCUCCGCAUCCUGAGGCAGGAAGGCUUGUGCCAUCCAGUUCCCGCAAGCCCCGCAUGACAGAGGUUCACCUCCCUUCGCUGGUUUCCCCGGAAGGCCAGAAAGAUCUAGCUAGAGUGGAGAAGGAAGAAGAAAGGAGAGGGGAGCUGGAGGAAGACGCUCCUACCUCCCAGAGAGGCGAGCCAGCGAGGAUCAAAAUCUUCGAAGGAGGGUACAAAUCAAACGAAGAGUAUGUAUAUGUGCGAGGCCGCGGCCGAGGGAAAUAUGUUUGUGAGGAGUGUGGAAUUCGCUGCAAGAAGCCCAGCAUGCUGAAGAAACACAUCCGCACCCACACUGACGUCCGGCCCUAUGUGUGCAAGCACUGUCACUUUGCUUUUAAAACCAAAGGGAAUCUGACUAAGCACAUGAAGUCGAAGGCCCACAGCAAAAAGUGCCAAGAGACAGGGGUGCUGGAGGAGCUGGAAGCCGAAGAAGGAACCAGUGACGACCUGUUCCAGGACUCGGAAGGGCGAGAGGGCUCAGAGGCUGUGGAGGAGCACCAGUUUUCAGACCUGGAGGACUCGGACCCAGACUCGGACCUGGACGAAGAUGAAGAUGAGGACGAGGAGGAGAGCCAGGACGAGCUGUCCAGACCAUCCUCGGAGGCACCCCCGCCUGGCCCUCCAGCCAUGCCCCGGGCAGACUCCUCACCCGUUCAGGGCCCUCAGCCCCCAGAUGCCACCGUCUCUGGCCACGAGGCUACACGAGGCAGCUCGGUCUCAGAAGCUGAGCACUUGACAGCCAGCAGCUGUUCCACAUCCAGCCAGAGCAGCCUGUGCCUGCCCCGACUGGGACUGGCCCCUUCAGGCCCUGUGGAGAAGGACGCAGGCUCAGCUCUGAGCUCCAAGUCUGUGUCCCCAAGAAGACCGUGGUCCCCAAGCAAAGAAGCAGGCAGCCGCCCACCACUAGCCCGCAAACACUCACUCACCAAAAAUGACUCGUCUCCCCAGCGUUGUUCGUCGGCCCGAGAACCACAGGCCACAGCCCCAAGCCCGCCCAGCCCCCACAUGGGCCCACGAAGGGACAUGGGCCCUCUCCGUUGUGGCUCUCCAAGACUUGAGCUGUCUCCUCUCAUCCCCUGCCCCCUGGGAAGAGAACUAUCCCCUCGAGCACAACUGCUCCCUGAACUCGAGGGCGCCACCGACCCAGGGCCCCCCAGACACUCGCCCACCUGGAGGUGGUCUCAGGGUCAGGCCGAGUCACCACCACGGUCAGCGCUGCCAGGGAAGUGGGCCUUGGCUAGGCCGAGCAGCCCCUCAGUGGGCGAGCGUGGCCCAGGCUUGGGGCUGACCCCACGGGUUCUCUUCCCACCCGUGCCUCUACCUCACAAGCUCCUCAGCAGAAGCCCUGAGACCUGCGUCUCCCCGUGGCAGAAGGCCGAGUCCCGAAGUCCCUCCUGCUCACCUGGCCCUACUCAUCCUCUCUCCUCCCGACCUUUCUCCGCCCCCCAUGACUUCCACGGCCACAUCCCAGCCCGGACCGAGGAGAACAUCUUCAGCCACCUGCCUCUGCACUCCCAGCACUUGACCCGUGCCCCGUGUCCCUUGAUACCCAUCGGUGGGAUCCAGAUGGUGCAGGCCCGGCCAGGGGCCCACCCCACCCUGCUACCUGGGCCCACUGCGGCCUGGGUCAGCGGCUUCUCAGGGGGUGGCAGCGACCUGACAGGGGCCCGGGAGGCCCAGGAGCGAGGCCGCUGGAGUCCCACCGAGAGUUCGUCAGCCUCUGUGUCGCCUGUGGCUAAGGUCUCCAAGUUCACACUCUCCUCGGAGCUGGAGGGCAGGGACUAUCCCAAGGAGAGGGAGAGGACGGGCGGAGGCCUGGGCAGACCUCCUGACUGGGCGCCCCGUGGGGCUGAGGCACCCACAGAGCCCGCACCCACGCACAGCCCCUGCACCCCGCCCGAGUCCUUGUCCCGGCCACCCCAGGGCCGCCGGGCAGCGCAAUCCUGGAGCCCCCGCCUGGAGUCCCCGUGCACACCGGUCAAUCCCGAGGCCCCUGCCACCCCGCCACUGGACCGCAGCAGCUCCGUGGGCUGCCUGGCAGAGGCAUCCACCCGCUUCCCAGCCCGGAGGAGGAACCUCUCCGGGGAACCCAGGACCAAGCAGGGCUCCCCCGAGCCCUCAGGAAGUGGGGAGCCCAGGGUGCCUCCACACCAGCCGGAGGAUCGGGGCUCCCCAAGCGCUUAGCCUCCCUCUGGCCGCUUCAGCAUCCAGCUUCUGGUGUUCAGCAACAGACGUUUCCAGCCGCUUUCUCGAAUCCCCUGCUCUCUCGGCCCACUCUUGUCUGUCCUUCCGUCCAGCAACUCUGCCCAGCCCCAUCUGUUGUAUCUUCCCAUGUAUGCAGUUACCUGUGCCUUUUUCUACACCUUUGGUUGCUUGAAAAGAAGCAAAUCACACACAUACAUAAACAACAACAACAACCCACGAGGAGUUUGAGGCUGUGAAGAGUUUGUGCUUUUGGGGAAAGAUGUAGGUGGAGCCUCCCGACCCUCCCACCGGGGCGGGCAGCUGCCCACCCCAAGGCUGGUGGAGGGCAGGGAUGCGCUGUGGGGGAGAACAAGAGACACCUUACCAGAUGCAUAGCAAAGCGUAAAGGCAGGCGCUCCUGUGUGCAGACGCUGCGACCCCAGCCAGUGGCCACUCCUCCGCCAGCAGAAACGAGGCAGAGGGACACACACACAGGCAGGUCACCCCAUCUAGCCCCCGCAGGCAAGCCCAGAAAAAUCAUCUUUUCCUUUUUUUAUUUUUUAUAUUUUUCAAGAAAAUUCCUUUUCCUAGGAUUUCAACACAAAGUGAUAGGAGCAGGUAGAAGGUCAGGGCAGGUGGGGAUCCCAGGGUUCCCAGAGACCCAGGCUGAGUCAUAGGCCCAUCUGGGCAUUCCACAGGUGGACAGACCACCCCACCCACCCACACCAGGCCCAGCACCUGAAUUCUGCCUCUGCCUCUACCCCCUGAGCUGGAAAGGGCCCCUGGCUGGCUGUCUCCUGGUUCCUGAGCACCUGACCCUGGCCUUGCCCUCCCGGCCUGGCCAAAGUCUGCCUUCUCUGUUCUAAAAACUACCCACAUGGCUGAAGUGGCAGGGCCUAAGCCCUAGGGACUGCUCUUGCGUCUGGGGUCUGAGUUUUGUUUCCUUCCUGGCUGGGCUUUCUCAGUGCUCAGCACUGGAGAGUUACAGGGACAAGCCUCUGGACCCCUUUGCUGAAGGACUGGUUUGCCCUGCCCCUGCCCCACACCGUCCCUGCCUCCACUACCCCAAGGAAAUACCCAAAACUGUAACUGGUGGAAACUGCUGGCCUGCUUGUUGUCAUAAACAUAACAGGGUCAGAAGAUGGUGUUUACUCCUUUCCCAGCCUCCUCCAACUGUCUCGAUCCAGAGGGCUUCUGAGCUGUCCUAAGGCACUAGAAUUUUCCAGGGCAGUCAGUCCUAACCAGUGCCUCCUCCCUAUCGCCAUUUCUACCUUCAAGAAGCUGCCCUGUAUUUCUUAGGGCCAAUGUCUGCUUUGUAAGAAAAAUGGUAAGAUCAAAAAUUGAAAUCCCAAGCUGAAAUAUGGAAAUUGAAUUCUUGCAUGUUUAGCCCAUCCUGGGAGAGACAGGUUUUUCCCAACCUCCAGAAACAAUUUACUUUCAAAGAGGGAGAGCAUCAAGGGACCAGGGUGGUGGCCCACACAGGCUGGGUGCUGCUGCUGCCUUCUACAGAGCGGGAACCUCUCUGGCCGAUCCCCAACCCCCAGCCAGGCUAUAUGCAUCAAACAGCCACCCAAGGCUCCCAAGCUGUGGGGCUUGUUCAGAUAGGA